AUGGAUGCAAAACAAUCACCACGACAACUUGAACAUAUGUCAAUUUAUUUAAAAACAACUGAAUUAUCAAAAGUUUUAUUUGCUCGUUAUUUACUUGAAAAUACACCAUAUAAUCAAAUACAUAAUUGUGUUACAUUUUUUCACGAUGAACUUAUUAAAAUAUCUUAUAAAGAAUUAUUUAAUUUAGAUAUGUUACAUAAAUAUAAUUGACGAUUUUUUAUUGUACAUCGUAUACCAUUUAUAUUACCAAUGCUUGGUAGUUUAUCGUCAUUAUUUGAUUUUAAUGAACAAGCAAAUAUUACUAAUACAAAUAAAAUUCAAUCAAUAAGUUUAUCUCGUUUUGUUAAUGGCUUUAGAACAAACAAGUGUUGA